UCGAGCAUUAUUUAUUUUCUUUCCUGCAUGAGAUUUAGUUGAACUGUUAUAAGAUAUGUACAAUAUGUUAUCUGUGAUAAUAAGUUUAAUAGUAUGUUAUAAUAUAAUAUUAACAGAAUCUAAACCUCCCCACAUCGUAUUUAUUGUGGCUGAUGAUCUAGGAUGGAACGACGUCGGGUGGCACAACCCAGCUAUGAUAACACCAAAUCUAGAUAAGCUAGCGAAUCAAGGUGUGAUACUUAAUUCAUCCUACGUUCAGCCACUAUGCACACCAUCAAGAACUGCUUUUAUGUCUGGUUAUUAUCCAUAUCGUACAGGGUUACAGCACCUUGUUAUAUUACCGUUUAGUCCAGCUUACCUAAGAACAAACUAUACUUUGUUGCCCGAAAAAUUGAAGGACUUGGGAUAUAAUACACAUAUGAUUGGAAAAUGGCAUCUGGGGUUUUGCAACUGGAACUAUACACCAACAUAUCGUGGAUUUGAUAGUUUCUAUGGAUAUUAUAAUGGCCAGGAAGAUUAUUAUUCUCAUAAGGUAUUGUUUGGUUUAGACUAUCGAGAUGAUGAAAAAGUUGUAGAAGAUCAAGAGGGCGUAUAUUCUGCUUUCAGGUAUACGGAACGUGCCACAGAAAUUAUCGAGUCACACAACACAUCCAAUCCCAUGUUUCUUUAUUUGGCUUUCCAGGAUGUACAUGCUCCACUUCAGGUACCUAAACGAUUUGAAGAUAUGUACAGUAAUAUUAAUAACAAAGAUAGGCGUAUAUACAGCGGAAUGGUAUCUGCUUUAGAUGAAGCCGUGGGUAAUAUCACUAAAUCUUUGCAACAAAAUGGUUUUAUGGAUAACAUUUUAAUAGUAUUUACAGCUGAUAAUGGUGGAAUUCCAACCUACGGGGGUAAUAAUUUACCGUUACGUGGUGCAAAGUCUACUUUAUGGGAAGGUGGAACGAAGGGGGCAGCCUUUGUUUACAGCCCUACUUUAUUGAAUAAGACGGGAUAUACAAACACACAAAUGAUGCAUGCUACUGAUUGGUUUGCUACUUUCUUAGAUGUUGCUGGUGGACAACCAGAGAAAGGUGUUGAUGGUAUUACCCAGUGGGACAUGUUGAGAACAGGUUCAUCCAGUAAAAGAACUGAAUUUAUCUAUAAUAUCGAUGAGGUUGAUAAGAAUGCUGCUAUCAGGUAUGGUGAUUUGAAAUUAAUUGAAGGUAGUGCCGGAAGAUUCAAUGACUGGUAUUCUGUGCCGACAUCUAAUUUAGAAAACAUUAAGACAGCUGAUCCUCUGGAUGGGUUGAAUACAAAAACAGAUUUAUGGGUUGAACAUUUUGAAAUAGAGAAUAUUGCCGAGUCGGCUGAACCACAAUACCGAUUAUUUAAUAUUACUGCUGAUCCAACUGAACAUUUUGAUAUUGCUGACCAGUUUCCGGAUCUGGUGACCAAACUAAGAAAUAAACUCGAAGAAUAUAAGAAAUCGUUGGUUCCAGCCUUUAACCCUAGUUUUUCACCCAAAUCUUUACCUAUCUUCUAUGAUGGUGUUUGGACACCUGGAUGGUGCUAAAAUAUGUAAAAAGUGUAUGAAUGAUAAAUUUCACAAGAAUUUAUUAUACUGAUAUACUGGAAAUUGCUUAUACCCCGUCAGACCGGGGUGGAGUCCUUACUUCGCUGCUACGGCAACGGAAAAUGGUUUUAGAGCGCGUUAAAAUCGCCAUAAGCGUGGUGGAAACACCAGCUAUCGUGCUGUGGUCACCAUGGUCGCCGAUGUUCAAAACAAACGCCACGGUUCUGCGAUCUGAACUGGAAAGCUAUGAGAACACGACUUUUUUCAAGUUUGUAAAUUUUGGGGGACAUUUUCUCGCGUUGUGUUCACGUUUGCCGGCUACCUUGUGCAAUUUCUGGUCGACGUACGGUCGCAGCAGCGCAGUAAGGUCGCCACCCCGGUCUGACGGGGGUAUAAGCAAAUCAAUUUUCAAGUUAAGGCCCUAACAUUCCAGACCAGACAGUAAAUAAAUAUAGACGUUCAGGCCAUACAUAUUAACAUAUUGAUCAAAUAUUAUUAACAUCGAAUAAUCAUAACUUUAGUUAUAGCUAUUAAUUUCAGUCGCCAUCCUUGUUUUUAUACACGUACUAAACCAUAACUCCUGAAAAUCAAGGCUAAAAUGGUAUCUAAGCUAUAUUUAUUUGGCUUACAAUCGCAUAUAUUUUACUAUCCACUGUUUCCUCUAAGUUUUAGUAGUCAGUGUUGGCAAAAUUCUUAUGGUAUGCAGAUUGUAUUUCUGUGGCAAUAGUGCGGUGCGCAAGAUAUUUGUAUAAAAGUGUAAUGGUAAAUGAGAAAGUGGUCUUGUGGUGGUAUCUGAGAACCAAAAUAUUAAUUCACCACACAUACAUACAACUGAAAAUGAACGUUAUACUAUCGGAAGAACACAUUUGAAGUGUUAUUUUGUAAAAUUGAAAUACGAAAAAUGUUUAUUACCCCUCUAGCUGAUCACUAAUAUGAAAUUCAUUGUCAAUAUUUUUAAAGACGACUUGACCGUCGUAUUUAUCACUUUAAAUUACACAAAUGGUCAUUAUUCAUCAAGACAAUUAAGAAUUACUGUCAUGACAAAUUGGAGAAUACUGUUUAGUAUAUAGUUUUAUUUAUUACUUUAAGAAAGUUAUCAAAAUAAUACACGGUAUUGUAGGAUAAAUGGAAUAUCAUGUUUAGCUUUAUUUUUGCAAUAAAAUGUGAAUAAAAUUAUUUACAGCA